UUGCCACAACUGCGCAUGCCCGUCUCGGCCUGCGUAAAAACGGUUCGUGUGCAUGUCGGGUGCAAGUCGAGAGGUUUUGCGACUGUACCGCGCCAUUCUGCGACGUGGAAACGGCCUCGAGUACACCGACAAAGACUUCUUCAGAAGCGCGGUGCGACUCGAGUUCAAAAAGUGCUCACGUGACACCCAACCCGAAGUGGUCCUACGAAAUAUCGAGAAAGCAAAGUAUUUCCUUCAAUCUAACUUGGGUGGACUGAUUUGAUGUGAAAGUGUGCUGCUAAUGACGCAUGCGCAGAAUGGAACGCAGAAACAACCGGAGACGAUAAACUGAAAAUGAAAUCUGUUGCAAAACACACAGUGAUAUUAUUUACUCAAUGAUACACUAUAAUUAUACACUAAUGGGCUAUGGAUGGAGCUCAAAUUCGGCCCAGAUGCCAAGGUGGUCACUGGGGUGCAUGUCACCACACCUCUGCACCUUGUCCCUUCCCACGACCUGGAAGAGCGAGGGGACCAACUUCACGUCUUGACUGGCGCAGCACAGCAGCCGAUCGAGUCGAAAUCGCGGCUCACUCGAGUCCCAAGUAUACUUCUCGCUGUAGUCGGACCCACACCUCUCCCAAACGUCAUAGAAAUCGUCGGGCAGUCCGCAAAUCUGUGCCAGUUCCUUGUCCAUCAGGU